AUGCGUGUGCAGGGAAACAGUGGCCUCAGGAUGUGGGCAACUAGUGUAGUGUUGCUGCUGGUGACAGUGUGCGGUUUUUGUGCAAGUUCCAGUGGACCUGCACCCCAAUGGGAACACAUGGUGGACUUUGAUCCCAACUAUCGGCUGCUUUGGAGCGUUGGAAGUCAGGAGGUGACGUUUGAGAUACAGGCGAGAACCCUAGGAUACGUGGGGCUUGGGUUUUCGCGCGAUGGAACGUUGGUUGGUGCGGACGUUGCUGUCGGUUGGAUCGAACAAGGACAUGUCUAUCUGCAGGAUCGACACAUCCGACCGGACAGCGACGGUGAACCAAUUGUCGACUCCUCGCAAGACUACACGCUGCUACUCGGGUACGAGAACACAACCCACACCGUAAUUAGAUUUAAGCGCAAUCUGGAUACCUGUGAUAUGAAGGAUGACUUCCCGAUAACGAACGACACCAUGCGUGUCCUUUUCCUCUACUCAAAGGAAAAACCAAUGAAAGGUUCGAACGCCACCCUACCCCAACCGCUCGUCGCCUUCAAGGGUUCGCGUUCGAUCUUCCUAACGCAACGUUCCAGCCAGGACGAACUGUUGAAUGCACCGAGCGUUAGCAUACUGGAGCUGCGCAACGAAGACGUCGAGCUGCCGGACAGCGACGAAAGCCUGUACUGGUGCAAAAUCUUCAAGCUGGACGAUUUCGCACAGAAGCAUCAUCUCGUGCGGUACGAACCAGUGUUCGAUUCGAGCACGAGCGUCCUCUACCUAAACCAUCUGAUCCUGUACGAAUGUCAAGGGUUGUCGCAGGAGCUGGAGCAACUGUCCCGCCAGCGUGGCUCACCCUGCUUCCGGCUGCAACCGAUGCACUGCAACACCGUCGUAGCUAAUUGGGCCCGUGGAUCUGACGGCUUCACCUUCCCACCGGAGGCUGGCUAUCCGCUAGAAUCGCACCAGGCCACGUACUACAUGCUCGAGACCCACUACAACUAUCCCGACUACACGUACGAUUUCUCGCCGUUCUAUCGCAAGAAUCUCAGCAAGCAGCAGCGCAACAUGCACAUUAAAUCGCGCGACGAAACGGCCGAACCCCAGGCAGAAGACAGCGAUCCACGGUCCAACGGCGAUGAAGACCUCGCCGACGACGGAGACGAUAGUAUCGCGAUGGAGCAACAGAUGGUGGACAACUCGGGCCUGAAGCUGUUCUACACGCACAAGCUACGCCAGCACGAUGCCGGCGUCCUGUCCGUCGGUCUCGAUCCUAACUGGCGUCACAUUAUACCGCCCCGGCAGGAGAACGUUAUCUCCCAGGGCCACUGUAUUGGGGCGUGCACGCAGCGAGCCUUUCCGCGCGAUGGCAUCAACAUCUUUGCCGUGAUGAGCCGUACGCAUCUGAUCGGACGGCAGGUGCAACUACGCCAGAUCCGUGGCAGCAUGGAGCUGCAGCCAAUAAUGCGUGACACAAACAUCGAUCCAAGCUAUCAGGACUACCGGCGGUUGACCGUACCGACCAAGGUACUGCCGGGCGAUAGUCUCGUUGCGGAAUGUAUCUAUGACAGCUCGUCCCGCAAAUCCAUCACUCUCGGUGGCAUGACGACCCGGGAGGAAAUCUGUAUCAUCCUGACACUGUACUACCCUCGUCAGCGGGAGCUGACAUCGUGCCAUUCGCUGCCAAGUUUACCGACCGUACUACAUUCGCUCGGCAUCGAGGAGCUCGCCUCCGGUACCAAUCCGGUCGUGAUAGCUUCCCCGGCCGAGCUGGCCGGUAUGACGCUCGAGCGGCGGCUCACAUCCUACGACUGGGAGAAUCAGUUCGAGAGCUUCCAGGACGCGACCAGGCAGGGUUCCUUCAAGCCACUCUGCUGGACACCGACCAACACGAUGCUACCGGGCAUCGAGUCGGAAUCGUUCAGCAGUAACAUAACGCGCCACUGGAAACCGGUGGACCGGUGUCGAAACAUUCACACCAACCUAGUUACCGAGACGGGCACACCGAACAUGAUCGAUAUGCCGGCGAUGGACGAUCACGAAUCGACCAACAUGAUCGAUGCCGAUCUGAAGGCGAAAAUGUCCCGCAGCGGUCAACAGACGCCGCCGACCACCAACCAUCGGCAGGUCGGUCGUAGCUCCGGUUCAACGCUGCUCGAAUCGUUCCUCGCCCUAACGGUGGCCGCCAUUCUAGGGUUCGCUUUACAGUAG